UCCUCCUGGCAACUAGCUGUGGAGGGAUUUGUAGUUUAAAAAAAAUAUUUUUUCACAUUCAUAUUGUAAGCGGGAAUGUCACCAGAACACUACUAUUCCCAUGGUGUCGCUUGUUGUUUGCGGAAAUUAUUGCUCUGAACGGAUUGGUUCUGUUAGCUGCUGUAGCCCAACGUUAGCUAGCUACAGUUGAAGUAUCGGGGAACUGUUCAAGAUUGCUAGCUAGACUAUUCCGCUUGCAAAAAUUAUACAUUCCCCGAUAUACUAAAAAUAACCACUAAACUCCAGAUAAAACAUAUGGCCAGAUAGCUAUAUUUUCCGGUUAGACCCGGCAGCAGUCAUCGAUGAAGCCGUCGAUACUGGACUCCGAUGAGGAAGACUUCGGAGACUAUCAACAAGAAUUGAGAGAGAGGGCUAAUCGGAGCAUUGAGCAGUUGAGCAGACUCCUGGUUGAGCCGUGCUCCGAGGCGCAGAGCAUGGACCCGGAGAGGAGCCAGGAUUCGGACAGCGCCGCCGGAGAGGACAGCUGGAACCAGAUGCAUCAGAGCGAUGCAGUCAACCAGCUGAGAUCACUGCUGCAGGACCAGAAUGGCAGUCCUGCAAGUAGCCCAGCUAAGAGGAGGUCCUUGCACAAGCAGAGGAGCAGUCAGGCAGAAGCUGGUUUGCCCAUGGCCCACGACCUGGUGCCCAUGAUUCAUAACCAGACUGAGUACAUCCAACACCUGGAGGCAGAGGUCAAGUUCUGCAAGGACGAGCUGUUGGGAAUGAAGCAGAGAAUCAGGGUGGUGAUUGUGGAGAAUGACAAACUUCACAAGGAGCUGAAGUCCUGCACUGUUGAAGACACUCUGAAAGACUACACCAUCUUAGAUGCCACGAAUGGCGCUGAAGCUGAGCCCGUUGGAGGCAGCCAGCCCAGAACCUCCACCCUCAGACAGAGUCAGACUCAGAGUCGCAGCCGUGUACAUGCAGAGGACCACACCUGGCAGCAUGAAUUGGACAAGCUCAAGACGCUGUAUCAAGCACAGACGGAGACCUUGGAAGCCCAGGUCAUUUCACUGAGGAAGGACCUGGCGGCGUCCCAGAAGGAGUGUGAGGAGGUGAAAGGUCGUCGGGCGCGGGAGGCAGCCUCCGCUCGGGCUCCGCAGGUGGGGGGGCUGUGUGUGAAGUGUGCCCAACACGAGGCCGUCCUGGCGCACACGCACACCAACGUGCACGUGCAGGCCAUCGAGAGGCUCACCAAGGAGAGGGACGAGCUGACAGGCAUGCUGGCGUCUCUGAGAGCCAGUCAGAGCGACGCUCAGCACAGGGAGUGGAGCGCCUACCAGCAGGUCAAACAGGCCGUGCAGAUGGCAGAGGAGGUCAACCUGGAGAAGACUGAGGUCCUGAUGCAGUGUGAGCAGGUGCGCAGUGAGUUGCUGAGGCAGAGGGAGCGGUUGGAGAGGGAGCUGGGGGCUGAGCAGGAGAAGAUGUCCCGGCUGAGAGAGGAGGUGCGAGCAGAGACCAGGAAGGAGAAGGAGGAGCUGGCUAAGAUGGUGACAGAGCUGUCUCAGACAGUGGCGGAGCAGCAGGGGCAGAGGGAUCGCUGUGAGAGGGAGAGCCGCUCCCUGCAGGCUCAGCUGGAGGAGGCUCUGAGGAAACUCUGCUCCCAGGAGGCCGAGAGCAACAAGGUGUGUGGGGAGCUGAGGUACCAGUUGAGCCACGCCCAGCUGAAGAGAGAGGAGGCGCAGAGGGAGCUGAGAGACCUCACCUCCAAGAGCAGCCGGCAGCUGGAGCUAGCCCAACAGGAAGUGGAGAAGCUGGGCUCGGAGCUGAUUGGCUGCCGGCAGCGGCUGGAAGGGGCCCAGCAGGACGGGGGGCGGGCCCAGGCGGAGGUGCUGAGCCUGACGGAGCGUCUGUGCGACGCGCAGCACCAACUGCACCUCACCAGGCAGGAGAAGGAGGCGUUGGAGCGCGCUCGCGGUGAGGAAGCGGACGCGUCGACCUUCCAGGCCCAGCGGCGUGAGCAGGAGCUGACGCGCAGGCUGCUGCAGGCCGAGGCUCAGCACGAGCAGAGCGUGAAUGAGCUGGAUGCUCUACUCAGCUCCCAGAAUUCCCUGAUCACCAAGCUGAAGGAGGAAUGCUGCAGUCUCGGAGUGCAGCUGGAGGAACUGACGGAGAGCAGCAGGGCUGAGCUGGAGAAGUUGUCUCUGGAGAAGCUGCAGUUGCAGGAGAGCGUGAGGAAGCUGCGUGGGCGGUGUGAGGAGAUGGAGGAGCAGUGUGUCCAACAUGGCACCCUGCACCAACGCAUGAAGCACAGGCUGCAGCAGCUGGACGAGCACUGCCAGGCCAGCGCACAGCAGGUCAUGGAGCUCCUCGGCAGACAGAACCAGCUGAUGCAGGAGCGCCACAUCCUCACCGAGGAGAUGCACAACCAGCGCACUCAGUUUCCUGCCACUGCAGGGUCUGAAGCUUGAAUCCUGGGCAGCUGCGGAUAGAGGAGCCGCACGCGCAAGGGUUCUUCAGCUUCCAGUCCGACUGUUCACCAAACUCCCAUCCAAAAUGCCAUCAGACAGGAGGCCCUGUGUGUGUGUGUGUGUGUGUGUGUGUGUGUGUGUGUGGAUACCUGCUGGUGUUACCGGGGCUCCCCUGCAGGGCGGCGCUGCUCCCACAGAGGGUCAGUCCUCCCGCACAGCUGCGCGUAUCCCAGGGUGCCGAGCACCUGUCAGGGGCGCUCUGCGUCACGCGUGCAGUCGCAGCCGUGCAGGAAGCUGCAGCAGCGCUGCUCGAAUGUGCUUCCCUGAGGCCUGGGAACACUGCAGGAAACGGCUUUAAACCCGCCUCGCUUUUGUAUUUUUUUUAUUGUCAAUAAAUUUCUAUUUACACAAA